UUUAGACCUUGAGGUUUGCGCGGUAUUGAUAACAACUGUUGUCACGUAUUGAUUUCAAGACAAAACUAAAUUCUUCAGAAAACUGGUACGUAGCAGCGCCUAUCAAAAAGCAAGGUCGACCUAUAAACUUUAGUACAUCAUGAAUUACGAUGGUUAUACUAAUAUUUACCACCCCAGUUCUCAGCAACCGGGAUACUACAACCCGUCCGAAAUGCAGUUCAGUCAAUUUUCAUAUGAAAAUGCAAAUUCAAUACCAUCCCAACCUAUCAAUCUUCCCUUUUCACAAGUACAAUAUUCCUCUGCUGCGAUGUAUGAAGGAAAAGAAGAGGAUUACGAAAAUGAACCACCCCUGUUAGAAGAACUUGGUAUCAACUUUAGUCACAUUGUACAAAAGACAUCAUCUGUCCUCCUUCCUUUUAAAGAAAGUUCUCAAGAAGUGCUUGACGAUACAGAUUUGGCCGGACCUUUGGUUUUCUGCCUGCUAUUUGGUUGUACCUUAAUGUUUGCUGGAAAAAUUCACUUCAAUUAUAUCUAUGGAUUAGGUGUAUUUGGUUGCUUGGGUAUUUACCUCCUGUUAUCAGUUAUGACGCCUAGAGGAGUUACACCAACUUGCGUCAUUUCAACAUUAGGAUAUUGCCUACUUCCUAUGUGCCUUUUAUCUUCAUUUGGGAUUGUAUUUUCUCUUAAAAGUAUACUCGGUGUCGUAUUGACAGCAACUGUCGUUUCGUGGUGCACAAUUGCUUCUAGUAAAUUGUUUGUUCGUAGUUUGGAUAUGCAACACCAACGCAUUCUUGUGGCGUAUCCAUGCGCCUUAGUGUAUUGUGUAUUUGCACUCCUAGUUGUGUUUUGACUCGCUUUCUGUUAUUUAAAUCAUUGGAUACAUAGCUGUCAGAUUUACUGAUGGAUAAACUUAUGAUGACCUGUAAUAUUUAUCAUGCGAGAGAUACAUUUUUCCUAUUAAAAUAUUCAUUAAAAAUGGAAUUAUGUUUCUUUAUGAAACACUGUUAGAAAUAUACUGGGUUUCACUUGGAA